GUUUGGUGACCUCAGAGCAGAGCCAGCCCUGCUCGCGUCCUGUGCCUCGGUCCGGGUCAGCCAGCAGCCCCCCUCCCACUGGGACCACCAUGAGCCCCGCCCUCUCUGCCCUGCUGUGCCUCGGGCUGUGUCUGGGCCACAGGAUGAGGGCACAGGCAGACAAGCUCCCCAGACCCUCCCUCAGGGCAGAGAAUGGGUCCCUGGGGCCCCUAGGGAGAAGGGUGACCUUCAGGUGCCGGGGGUCACCGGGGGCUGUUGAAUACUUUCUGGAGAAAAAGCUGGGCCGUGAAUUAAAACGUAUCGAGUAUGUGGAAUCAGAGGAAGUUGAGGUCGAGUUUUCCAUCCCACGGAUGACACUGAAUGACACAGGGAUCUACUUCUGUCACUACAGAACAGCGUCCCUCUGGUCAGAGCUCAGUGACCCCCUGGAGCUGGUGGCCACAGACCGCUAUGACCCGCCCUCCCUCUCAGCCUGGCCCAGCUCCCCGGUGGCCGAAGGAGAGGCCGAGACCCUCCGGUGCUAUUCAGGGAAUCGCUAUGACCGCUCUGCCCUGUACAAGGAUGGAGAACAAGUCACCAAAGCCCCGGCCCAGCUCCAUAAAUGGGGCUCUCAGGCCGAUUUCCCCAUCCCUGCCGUGACUCCUGCCCAUGGAGGGACGUACCGAUGCUACAGCUUUCACAGUCUCUCCCCCCAUGAGUGGUCAUUCCCCAGUGACCCCCUGGAGCUCAAGGUCACAGGUCCUGCAGCCCAGGAUUACACGGUGGGCAACGUCAUCCGCCUCAGUCUGGCCGGGCUGGUGCUCGUCCUCCUGGGGGUCCUGCUGGGUGAAGCCUGGAACAGCUGCAGGGGACACCCAGGGGGAGCUCCCGCAUCUUCUGACAAAGGGGAAGGCGGGGCUGGGGGGCACUGAGGGCUCAAAUCCCAAAGACUCCCAGAGUCCUGCCCACUCCCAGACAGAGGAAGGGCCCGGCAUUUGGGGGGUCUACACCAUCCCCAUCAUGGGUACGGCAGGAGCC